GGCCCACGUUGUCAAAGAAUUUAUUAACAAUUAAGGAAAAAGCAGUCACUUCAUACUAAAAUUUUUCUUAGUUAUUAGAAACUAUUCAGGAAAUCUAUCACACGAGGUCUUUCCAAAUCCACUUAGUCCCCUGGCAUUAAAGUUUUAUACUUUGGCAUAUUUUUUCUUAGGUACCAAGGCUUUAUCAGACCUAAAGAGGCUAUUUGUCGUACGACCGUUAACUAAAUUGAGUAGGACCCUAAUUAUUAUUGGUUGCAUCAAUCCUUAUCAUAAUUUUUUAGCUUUAACUAUUCGUAUAAUAUUAAAACUAUGAAAUUUUCACAUUCGUUAAAGUUUAAUGCUGUACCUGAAUGGCAAGAUAAUUAUGUCAAUUAUCCUGCUUUAAAGAAGGUUAUUUACAAAUUGCAACAAGAUCAAGUCAAUCUUGCAUCAAAUGCUCCAAAAGAUGGCGGAAUUCCAGUUGAAAAAAUAAACGAUACAACUGUAACUCAGUUAGUUGAUAAUUAUAAAUUUAAGAAAGUUAAAGGAACAAUUAUUAUUGAAGAUGAAAAUGAAGAAGAUGAACCUGAAGGUACUGCAAAUUCAAAAUUUAGACCAUCUCAUUUAAUUAAAAGAUUUAAGAAAUUAAAUUAUUCAGCUCCAAAACUCUCUGAAGUUGCAUCUACUGAUGAUGAUAUUGAAAAAUUUGCUGGUACAUCAUCUACUACUGGUAAUAGUGAAUUAAAUCUUGGAUCUAUUGAUAAGAACAAGCAAUCAUCUGUUGAAUCAUUCACUAUUGAAGCUGAUAAUUCUACUAUUAUUUCUUUCAAAUCUACAAGUAAUAAUAAGAAUGGUAACUACUCCGAUCCUUCAUCAUCAUCCUUUGAUCCAUUAAAGGUUUUUACCAAGGAUCUCUUAGUUGAGAUGCACAAAAUCAAUGAAUUUUAUGAAACUAAAGAAACUGAAGUUUUUAUUGCCUUUGAUAAUCUUAUUAAGGAUUUAGAAAGUAAUAAUGUUGAUAUCGAUGAUGUAUUUAGAUUUACUCAAGCUUAUAAUCUUGAAAAUCCAGAUGUUGUUAGUAUGGAUGAUCAUCAUCAAUAUCAUUUAAAAUCUACUUUAUCUAGAACUGUUACUAAUGCUUCUGUUUUUGAUCAUAUUAACCAUUUAGGUAAUGAUCAUGAUAAUCAUUUCUCAUCUGAUUUAGAAAAACAAGCAUUCAUUGCUGCAGAUUAUGAUGAUGAAGAUGAAGAUGAAGAAGAUGAUGACGAUGAUGAUCAUCAUAGUGAUGAUUCUGUUUUAUUAUCUCAUCAUGAUUUUAAUGUUAAGCAACAAUUGAAAAUUACUUUAAAGAAGAAAUCUGUUGCUUUGUUCAUUAAUAUCUCAGAAUUGAAGUCUUUUAUUGAAUUAAAUAAAGUUGGUUUUACUAAGAUUUGUAAGAAGUUUGACAAGAGUUGUAACUAUGCUAUUAAAAAUGAUUUUAUCAAUCAUUUCUUGCCAAAUAAUUCAAGAGUGUUCUUACCAGAAACCGUUGAAAACUUGGACUAUAAGUUAAACCACAUUGUAAAGGUUUAUGCUUUCUUAUCUGGAAAAUUGAACUCAAGAACUACCCGUGAAGACUUAGAAAAGAUUAAGGUUGAAUUAAAAUCACACUUAAGAGAUCAUAUAGUUUGGGAAAGAAAUACUGUCUGGAAAGAUUUGUUAUCAUUAGAAAAGAAAUCCUACAAUUUAGAACUUGAUGGUAAUGCUACCCAAGCUAAUAAAAUGGGCGAUGAAGGUCACCUAAAGAACAGUUUUAUGUACGUUAGAAUGUCAACUUACAAAUAUCCAUUUAACAUAAAGAUUUUUGGCCGCGAAACAUUUUCUGUCCCAACAUCUUUGUUAACUUGGCAAGUUCUUAAAUUAAUUAUCAUUAGUGCUGUAUUUGCUAUUUUAUUGACUGUUAAGACUUUUAAUGAUAAGGUUCAAGCUCGUUGUUUAGCUGUAUUAGCUACUGCAGCAAUGUUAUGGGCUUCUGAAGCAUUACCUCUUUUUGCAACUUCUAUGCUUGUCCCAUUAUUAUGUGUAACUUGUAAAGUUAUUAAGGUUACUGGUACUGAUACUCCAAUGGAUGCUGCUGAUGCUGCUACUUACAUUUUAGGUACUAUGUGGAAUUCAACUAUUAUGAUUUUGGUUGGUGGUUUUACUUUAGCAGCUGCAUUAUCUAAAUAUAAUAUUGCUAAGGUUAUUUCUUCUUAUAUUUUAGCAUUUGCUGGUACUAAACCAAGAAAUGUUUUAAUCUCAAUUAUGUCGGUUGCUUUAUUCUUAUCCAUGUGGAUUUCCAAUGUUGCAGCUCCAGUUUUAUGUUUCUCAUUAAUUCAACCAGUUUUAAGAACAUUACCAACUGAUUCACCAGUAUCUCAAGCAAUGGUUUUAGGAAUUGCAUUAGCUUCUAAUGUUGCAGGUAUGGCUUCACCUAUUGCUUCUCCUCAAAAUGUUAUUGCUUUAGAAUACAUGAACCCAAAUCCAGGUUGGGGUAAAUGGUUUGCCGUUGCUUUACCUGUUGCUAUCCUUGCUAUGAUUGGUAUUUGGGGUGAAUUAUGCUUAACCUUUAAAAUCCAUACUACUAAGCUUAAGGCAUACAAACCAAUUAGAGAAAAAUUUACAGUUAAACAAAUUUAUAUCAGUAUUGUUUGUAUUGCUACCAUUUUAUUAUGGUGUGUUAUGACAAAAAUUGAGGGUACUUUUGGUCAAGCAGGUAUUAUUACUAUUGUUCCAAUUGUUUUAUUAUUCGGUCCUGGUUUAUUAAAAGCCGAUGAUUUAAAUAACUAUCCAUGGAGUAUUGUCUUAUUAGCCAUGGGUGGUAUUGCAUUAGGUAACGCUGUUACUUCCUCAGGUUUAUUAGCUACUAUCGCUCAUGCCUUACAAGAAAAGAUUAUGGACUUUAAUGUCUUUGUUAUUCUUGUCAUUUUUGGUAUUUUAAUCUUGGUUGUUGCAACUUUUGUAUCUCAUACUGUUGCUGCAUUAAUUAUUAUUCCAUUAGUUAAAGAAGUUGGAGAAAAAUUACCUCAUCCUCAUCCUUUAAUUUUAGUUAUGGGUACUGCCUUAUUAGCUUCUUCAGCUAUGGGUUUACCAACUUCAGGUUUCCCUAAUGUCACAGCUAUCAGUAUGACUGAUGAAGUUGGUAAACCUUAUUUAACUGUUAACACCUUCAUUACAAGAGGUGUUCCAGCCUCUUUAAUUGCAUAUGUUGUUGUCAUUACUCUUGGUUAUGGUAUCAUGCAUUCAUUAAACUUUUAAAAGUUUAUUCAUUUUUGCUUAUUUAUUUUUGGUUUUAGCUCAUUUUUAGAAUCUUGGUUUGAGAUUCUUUGCAUCUUUCAUAUGUUUGUACACUAUUUAAAAUUAUUUUACUUGUUUUCUUAUGUUUUGGACUUUCAUCCCUCUGUGUAUAAUAGAC